AUGAAUUUAAUUUAUCGAAUAUUUAUUUGUUUAAGCUUAGUAAAGCUCUCUCAUUAGUAAGUAUGCCCUUUCGACUUCAACUUAGGAUAUUCAUCAAGAAAUUGCUAAGGAACAAGCUCUGAAAAUGUUGUUUUAGGUGGUGAAUUAUUCUACUUUAAAGAUUAAGAUUAAUUUUCUAAUCUUAUGGUUAAUUAUGGAAGCUCUGGAUUAUUUGGAGUAUGGAAUUUAACUGACGCUAGUCUCCUCUAUUCCACUACUUAUUAUUAAGAUUAAAAUAUUGAAUUUCAUUCAAUCUUUGUUGAUUAGUAAGUCAAUUUUUCUGAUCCAACUAUAUCUUAGACUUUUGUUUACAUUGUUGAUUAAAGAUUGAACGUAUAUUAGUAAAGCCUUUAUUAGGAUUAAGGUAAGCUCAUCCUUUAAGGCUCAUCUAUGGUAAAUAACUUCCCUAUAUAAAUUAAAUUAUGUUACAAUAUUAGAAAAAACAUCCUCUUCUACCCUUAAGAUAAUUAUGUCUACUAAAGAAAAAAUAAUUAUGAUUUUUAAGUAGAAAUAGACUCUUAAGGAAUUCAAUGCGAAAGUGAUUUUAAUUAAGAAUUUAUUUUUAUUCUUUCUUCUUAAAGCUUUAUUUACGUGAUAAAUCAGAAUUCUUUUUAAAUAGAAAAGUAAUUUUAAUUUAAUUAAGGGAAGAUCAGUUAUUUACAAUUUAAUUAAAAUUAUUGGUUGACUUUCAUAAGUUAAAAUAAAAGCAAUUACUUAAUUUACUUAUUAGAUUAAAAUGUGAAUCCUGUUCUAUUAUUUUCUACUCCUAAUUAAAUUAACGAUUAUGGAUUUCUAAAGAAUAAUACUUUAAUUGCUUGCGGGACAAACUCAUUAAUUUAAUUUGGCAAUUAUUCAGUUAAUCCUUUAGCUUAAGGAAUCGAUACUACUGACUAUGAUUACAAAAAUAUUUAGCCUGAUCUUGAUAUAAGUUAACUUAAUUAUACUAAUUUAGUUAUUGGAGACGAUUACACAGUAUUUUAUGGGAGCCAAUCAGUUAUAACUAUAGUAAUAAAUACAAAUCUAGUUGUAUAGCUUCACAAAUAUUUAGGAGCUUCGUUGCUAGUUGGAUUGAUUCCUAAAGCUGUUAUUGAGGGUUCAUUGCUAAAAACUUUAUCAUCAAGCGGUCUUUUAUUUUUGGAGAUGUCAAAUGGAUAAUUAAAAAAGCACACAAGUUGUUUUAGGGCUUUAUCUGUUUAUGAAGAAAAAAUAGUUGGAUUAUAUUUUGAUGAUGAAUUGCUUAGAGUAUAUGCCCUUGAAAACUAAGGAAAAUUAGGAUAUUUUGGUUACCCUAAAGGAGAAUACCUGACUCAGUACUAUAAUCUUUCACAAAAUAGCGCAUGGAAUUAUAAUAAAAAAGCAGAUUAAAUAUACAUUUGGGGUACUGGAGGUCCUUCUAAUUUUGUUGUUGUAACUUCAUAUCUUAAUGGAACAUAUUUGGGAUAGCUUUAAUUUAAUGAUAACUUUACUGUUAACAAUGUCUACUAUGAUAAUUAUUUAGAAAUUAUAAUCGUGGUUGAUCCGACUUAAAGCAUAUAGGCCUUUAGCCUUUAAAAUUUUUUAAAGGUUUAUGAAUAAUCAAUCGAAAACAAUAAUAUUUAAAUCUUUUAAAGUUAAUUGGGUGUGAUUAUUAUUUACUAAUCUAUUAUUUAAAUAUUAUCCAAAGGAUAAACUAAUUAAUAUCUUUCUAUUAAUAAUUUGAACUUAAAAGAAUUUAUAUUCGAAUAAACUUACUUUGACUCUAUCUCAAACUCUUUAAUUAUGGCAAAAACAGAUAAAACAAUAUAAGUAUUCAGCAUAGAUAGUUAAUUUAAUGCAAUUAGCUAAAAUUUGUCAAUUUUAAUGUAGAAUAAUUAAAUAAUCUCAAAUAUUUGCUAUGGAAAUCAAUACCUAAUUAUUUUAAUGAAUCUUCCUAAUCAAGUAGUUGUUAUAAAUAAACAAACAAAUAAAUAAAGUAUCAUCAAUAAUUUAACUAUAAUUCCAAGCCAAUGCUUACUUCUGCUUAAUGAGGAUCUUCUUUUAGUUAUUUCUAAUAUAAGUGAUCUGUUGUUUAUGAAUGUCUCGUCUUUAAACAUUUUAAAAAAUGAUGUUUUAGAUGAGUUAAGUAGUGUUUCUUUAAUUGAAAUAGAUUUUUAAGAAAAUUUAUUAAUAAUAUUGCUUUCUAGUUCAAAGAUUAUUAGCUAUGAUUACAUCUAACUAAAAUAAGUUUGCGAUUGGACACCAGUAAAUGCUAUUACUGUUUCUACAUUCUAGAUAAACACAAAUUAUAAAAUGAUUGUUUAUGGCUCGGGUAUUUUAAUAUAUUUUACUGAUUACUCUUAGAAGAAAUUAAUAAGUGAAAUUCAAUUAUCAGAAGGAGCUUAAGGAGGGGUUGUUGAUUUAUAAACAAACAGCUAUUUUGUUUACACAAAUAAAAUUUAUUAAUUUGAUCUUUAAACAAAUAAUUUAAUCCAAGUUUCUAUAUUUUAGCAUGAUGAUAUAAUUACAUAAUUAGAAAUAAUUUAUGAAUGGAACAUAAUAAUAACAUCUUCAUUUGAUAACACUAUGGCAGUAUGGAGUUACCCUGAAUUAUAAUUUAUGCAAAGAUUAUACCACGAUCCAGUAGAUUGUGUAAAAGUAAAUAAUUUUGAAGUAGAAUUAGAAAGAAACAGAGUAUUCUCAGGUUGUAGGUAUGGAAGUGUUUACAUCUGGAAGAAGUAUGCUUUAAAUAAUACUUUUUAUUUAGGAAAUGAUUUGUAAUAUAUCUUAACAAAUUGGAAUGUAACGUCAAUUAUAGUUGAUAACUCGAAUGAUUACUUAUUUUUGAUUGGAUGGUACUGGUAUCCAUUAAUAAUCUAACUAAGUACAGUAGAGUAAUCAAUUAAUGUUAUUGCAAUGUUAUAAGGUAUAAAUGCUGUAUACGACAAGCUUAAUUAGUGCUUAAUACUUUCUGAUUAAGAUGGAAAUGUUUGGAAUUAUAAUAUUACUUCAAGAACUUAUAUUUUCAAUAAAUAAAAUGCAAUUCAUCAAGGUUGGGUAAAUUAAUUAGUUAUUGAUCCAGCAAAUUAAAUUUUUGCAAGUAUGGGUGAUGAUUGCUCGAUUUAAAUAUGGCCUUAUAACUCUGAUAAGAGCUAAAUACCUUUAUUUUUUUUUAGGAAUACAGCAAAAAUACAAUCUGGAAAAUUGGAUUUAAUUUUAUCUUUUUCAAAUGAUAAAACUGUAAAAUUUUGGGAAUAUGAGCUUGGAAUUGAAGAAAAGUACUUUUAAAUUAUAUAAAGAGCUACUUCAGUAAUGAGUUAUGCCUAUGAUGAAACAGAAAACACAAUAUACUAUGUUAGAUCUGAAGGAAAUGUAUAAAAGUGGUCGAUCAUGAGUGAGUAGACAGAAAAUGGGUUUAAUUUGUAAUAUAAUGAUAGAUAUAAUAAUACUAUAUUUUUAAUCAACGAUGAAGUUUUUAUUUUAGCUACUACAAAAUAAUUAAAGUUAAUAAUGAAAUAAACUUUAGAAGUACUUGAAAGUAUACAAGUGGAAUGCUCUCAUAGUAUAAAUAUAUAUGAUAUUAUUAUUUGUGGUUAUCAUUCUAAGUUGACCUCUUUUAAGCUAAUCUAAACUAAUAUAAAUAACAAUUAUAGCUUCUAAUUAAAAUAUUUGUAUUAAUAAAAUUUGGAUUAUCCAUUGUAUAAACUACAGAAUGGAAUUAAAUCUAAAACUGAAUUCCUAAUUAUUCUUGUAAACCAUUCUAUUUCUUUCAUAGAAAGCUCUACAGGUUUAGUAACUAAAUCAUUUCCUCUUAUUCACAAAUAAGUUAUUGUAGAAUUAAUAAUAUUUAGCUAACAAAUUAUAUUUAGCUAUUCCUUUGAUGGCUAAUUAGUAAUAAUUUAGUUAAAUUAUCCAAUACUUUAAGUGGUAAUAAACGCAGAUUAUAUUUUAGUGAAUCUAAAAAAGUCAAACUUCUGUUAAAUCUAUAAAAAUGACAAUUCGACAGUUUUUACAUUACUAUCUCUUAUUUAAGCAGCUUCUCGCUGGCAAACAAAUUAAUAAAUAAUUCUCUCUCCAGAAAAUUAGACUAUUCUUGUGAGUUCUGAUUUCUACUACAUUUCUUUUGAUUAUAAAUCAUUUAAAUAGCUUUAUUAUUAUCAAAGCAAUAUUUUUGUAGAAAGCACAUUUAUGAAAAGAAAAGUUACAUUAAUUUAAUAGAAUUAAUUCUUUAUUUAAUAAGGAUAAUCUUUUAUAGUCAUAGCAUCUAGUGAUUUGUCUUAGUAAAAUAUGAUAGUUGUCUAAAAAAUAUUAAACAGAAACUCAUUUUAUGAAAAUAUAAAUAUAAAAUUAGAUUAAAUAAAUGAUUCAUAUGUAGUUACAGUUCUUUCAUUUAACCUUCAAGGAUUUAAUUAUUUAAUGACUGAUACUCAAGGAUAAAUGUCAUGCUAACAAAAUUUGUAAGAUGCUAAUUUUUUUGACAUCUACAAGAGAGUUCGCGAUUAUUUGAAUUUGAGGAAUAACUUAUAAACUGAUUAUAGUUUAUAAAUGUCUCAUUUAUUUAAUUUAAAUAUGACUAAGUCAUUUACAUUUUAUGGAUUCCCUUAAAUAAAUUCUAAUUUCUAAAUGCUUGUACAAUUAACAGUCUAAGGAGAUAAUUAAAAGUAAUUGAUUAAUGGAUAUUUCUAUUUCAAUUAAUUAUUGCAAUCAUAAAAUAUAGCAAGCUUAAAAUUAAAUCAUUUAAUAAUUGAACUUAAAGAUGAUGAUAAUAAUGAGUAACUUUCAAAUAGUAUUAUUAACAAAAAUACCUUAAAUACAACUUCAUUUUUUAAUUUCAACAAUUCAAUUACUAACAACCAAUCUUCAUAGUUCAUUUUUAGCAGAAAUUAAAUAUUAAAUAAUAAGUUAAAUUAAAGCUCAAUUUUUUUAUUUGAAUUUAUAAGUGAUGUUGUUUUUCAGAGUAACCAAAUCGAAGACAACUUUAGUGAGGAAAGCUCUUAUUUAAUAUAAUCAUUAAUUACUACUAAAAUAAUUAUUUCAAAUAUGUAUUUUAAUAACAAUAUAAAUUUAGCAAUAAUAAAUAAUUAGAAAAUAUUAAAGACUAUUCAAAAUUCUUUGAUGUUUACUAUUGAGGUUGAGAAUAAUUAUUUAGAAAUAUCAAAAAGUAUUAUAAACUAAAAUAGAUAUUUAGCUACAGAUAGUUAUAUGAUUUAUUCUAAUUCAUCACAAAUUUUACUAUAAGAUACAUAAAUAAAUAAAUUGAUUAGUAACUCUAUGAUUAGUUUAAUAACCUUAUUAUCUUAGAAUUUGUAAUUAAACUAAUUAAGUGCUUCAGAAAGUCAAUCAUAAAUUUAACCUUUUUUCUCUAUUAGUUUGAGCAAAGUUUGGAUAUAGUAGUCUUCAUUUGACUCAAAUAGCCUUCUUAAUCAAUUUCUAGGAGGAGGUGUUUUUUACUUUAUAUCUUCUUAAGUAAAUAUUUCAAACAGUACAUUUUCUAAGAAUUCAGCCUAAAAUGGAGGAUCUCUUUAUUUUAUUGACUAAUGUGAUGGCUUAAUUUCUAAUACUACUUUUAUUAGCAAUUAUGCUAGGGAAAAUGGAGGAGUGCUUAUUCUGAAUAACUCUGAUAUUCAAAUAUAAAAGACAAUCUUUUAAUUUAAUAAAGCUUUGAUAGGAGGAGUUGUAAGGUAUUUAACAUUUUAACCAAAGUUUUUGUAAAAAAGUAGUAAAAACAAAGUUUUAGAUUCAUGCGGAACUACUUUUGAAAAUGUUUGUUUAUAAAAUUAAGGUUAGUUUUAUGGAAAUAAUUUUGGUUCUUAUCCAUAAACUAUUAAAAUAAAUAAUAUAACAGUAGAAAAUAAUGGAGUAUAUACGUUUUAAAAUGUGCAAAGUGGAACUUAAGGCCAAAUUUUAGAAAUUUAAUUGUUUGAUGAAGAAGGAGAUAUAGUAAAAGUAUAAAAUAGUGAUAGUUUGCCAUCUAGUAUAGCUUAAGAGUUUUAAUAUUAUUAAGUUGCUCUAUAUGAACUAUAUUAAGUAAACUAAUUGCAAGAUAUUUCUUUAAGAAAUUUAAAGUUAGACGGCACUACAUUAAAAUAAUUUUAAACUGAUAAAUUCCUUUUAAACUAAUAUUCAUCAUCAGGAUAACUUGGAAAAAAAGGAGAAGCUGUUUUAUUUAUCUAUGGAUUUGAGCUUUUAUCAAACUAGAGUUUAAGAUUUACUGAUUCUAUAGUUAUUUUUAUCAAUUACAUAUUUAGAUAGUGCUAGGUAGGUGAGAUAAUAUAGCCUGCUUGCACUAAUUGCUCUUUAGCAAAUUGUUACACCUGUUAAAAUGGGACUUACUCUAUUUAAGAUCCUACAUAAAAUUCAAAUAAUUUACAAUGUAAACCAUGCGAUUAUAAAUCUUGUGAUUCUUGUGAGGGAAAUAAAAUAUCUUUAAAGAAAGGAUUUUGGAGAUUAAAUAAAUACGAUGACAAUAUCAUUCCUUGUGGUAAGUCAAUAGAUUUAUGUACCGGUUAAGAGGAUACUAAUUAUUGCUCUGAAGGAUAAAUAGGUCCUUUAUGUUAGACUUGUGAUUAUUUAGGAUAAUUUUGGAAUAGCUCAUAUGCUUAAAAUAAUUUAGAUAAUAAAUGUUUUAAGUGUGGUUCCGAAUCAUAAUAUAUAGCUGCAUAGUUCUUUCUUAGCAUUAUAACAUUAUUAUAUUUGACAUAUAUUUUUUAUGAGACAAAGGUAAAUCUAAAUUUGAUGGCUAAAGCUCUAAUUUUAGAUAGAAUAGGACUAAUAAGACUAGGAACUUCAGGAUAAAUAGGUGAAAAAUCUUUUUACAGUAGAAUUAUGAUUAGAUAUCUAUAAAUAUUUCUAAGUAUCUCUACUUUGAGUCCUCAUUCUAUUUUUAAUGUUUAGAUCACUUCAAUAUUCUCACCUGUAAGCUCAAAUUAAAAUUUACUUGACUGUAUGUUAAGUAAAUUUAGUAAUACAGUCCCAGUUUAUUAUUAUAAAGUGCUAUUUUUUGUGGCGAUUCCUUUCAUCAUAAUUCCUUUAGGAUAUAUAUUUUAUAAUUUAAUCAUAUUUAUUUUAAGUUACUUUACCAACCAAACUAGAACUUCUUAUAAUUAUGAAUACAAAAAAGAUGCAUCUAUAAUAUGUUUUAUAUUUCUUUUCUUCUUUUUGUAGCAGAGUACAUUUGAAUCUUUAGUUUAACCAUUUACAUGUAAGCAAAUAGGAAGUUAGUAUUUAAUAAGCUAUUACUUGUUAGAAAAAUGCUAUUCUUCAGAUCAUAUAUUUUUAAUUGGAGUGGUUAUUCUACCAGCAAUUUUUUUAUGGAUAAUUUUAAUUCCAGGUAUAUUAAUGUGGAAAAUUUGGAGCAAAUCUUAGUAGCAGGAUAAUUUUUCAUAAGAAUUUUAUUUAACAAAAAAAUAUGGAUUUCUUUUUUAUGGCUAUAAAAGAAAUUUUUAUUUAUGGGAGUUUUUGUCUAUGAAUUUAAGACUAAUAUUAGUGUUUCUUGUAUAAUAUUUUGAUGAAGAUAUUCUCAGCAGAGCUUCUUUAAUGUUGGUUUUCCUUUACUUGUAUCUUAUGCUUUUGCAAAAACAUAAACCUUAUUAAAAGAGUAAUUACUUUAAGAUAGACAUGCUAUUUUCUUAAAUAUGUUGUCUCCUUACAAUAAUAAGCAUUUUAUUAAAUGUCUUACAAUCAGAUAUAUUUUUAUAUUUUGGAUAGAUAAUAAUCUAUAUUCUUUAGCUGGUUGCUUUCUUGAGAAUUUUUUUAAUGUAUUUAGAUGCUUAAAUUAGAUUAAAUUACCAUAACUUAAAAAAAAAAAAGUUAGUAUAAUGCUUCAAAGCCAUUUUAUUAAGAGACUGUUUAAUAAAUAGGAUUUUCAAGAGUAUUUUAAAAAGAUAUUUAUUAUAUUUCUAUUUAUUAAUAUUUCAUACUGAGGAUAAUUCAUUUAAAAAAUUCAAUAAUUUCUAAUUACUAAGACUUUGGCUUCAAGAUUUUAUUCAAAAAAAAAAGAAAAAUAUUUAGGCUUCUUUGAUUUAGAGUUUGAAAACUUAAGAAAAUUAUUUAAAAGAUUUUUCUCCACAAAGUAACUCUUUAAGAAAGACUCUACUUAAUAAUAGAUCACCUAAAAAUUUUCUACUAAUAUAAAACUCUACUUAAUCGUGCCUUAAAGAUAACUCUCCAUAAAGAUAAAGCACAUAUAAAAAUUAAAAAUAAACCUUUUAAAUAAAUGAUAUCAAAAGUAGUAAUAUUAACUUUACACCAUUAAAUUCCCUUAAUACUAAAAAGUUAGGACAAAAAAUGUCCUAAAAGCUAAUUUAAAUGCAGCAAUUAGAUUUUGAGUCUUAAAUUAGCGAAUCUUAUUCAGAAUUUGGUAGGCAAGAUUCAAUACAAAAUUAAGAUUUAUAUUAUUUUAAAGUUAAAAAAAAUUCAAGAAAUAUUACUUAAUUUAAUAAUUAAGAAUUUAUUCAGACAAAUAAAAAUGACUUGGAAUUAGAAUCGAUAUUUUUAAGUGUAUAAGCUACAUAAAGACAACAAACAAUCGUCAAUGCUAAUCAAUGUGAAAUAGUUGACAAAAACCAAAUAAACAAAUUGAAUGACUGAAUUUUAUAAAUUCAUUCAUAUUUUUAUAUUUGAUUUUUAUAAAUUUGUAAAAUGUAGCUAUUAAUACUGUAAUUUUUAUUUAAAUCAUUUAAUAAUAAUUAUUAUGGCUG